AUGAGGAGAAGGAGAUCUGAUGAUCUCAGGGACGGAGCCGGCGGUUCAGACCCGCGAAAGAGCGAAGAGGAGGAGGACGAGGCGGUCGACAGGAUCAGUGGCUUGCCCGACUCGCUCCUCCUCCACAUACUCUCCUUCCUGCCGCUCAGGUGCGCCGUCCGCGCAUCCUUGAUGCUUCGGCCGUUCCGUGGCCUCUGGAGAUCACUGAGCAGCCUGUCCUUCCAGGAGGGCGAUUUCCGUCCCCGCCGUCGCGGCCGUCCCAGAGCUGGCGGCGGCAGGGUCUCGAAUUUCGUGGACCAUGUGCUGGCGCUACACGAGAACCCAGAAAUCCACACGUUCCGUUUCGAGUUGGGAUGCUUUUUUCCGCCUGAUAAAUUGGGUGAGUGGAUCUGCUUCGCGCUGAAGAAGAAGGUGAGGGCCCUCCAUGUUUGCCUACUUGGGUUUGGUGUGCCGGCGGAACCCUUUCACUAUAGAGUGCCUAGUGCUGUUUUUACUGCUAGUAGCCUAGUGGAGCUCAAGUUGAAUGUAUAUAAUGUCGAAUUUGGAGAACAGAUUCAGUUGAAGUCGCUUCGAAAGUUGUCGAUGUUUGAUGUUGACAUAAGCGACGAGGUGCUGCGUAAUUUGGUUUCGGGUAGCCCGUCGUUGAAGAAUUUGUCUCUCCAGACUUGCUGUGGCCUACGAGUUCUGAAGUUCGAUAGACAUCCGUCACUUGAAGAAUUGAGCAUUUGUAAUUGUCGCCUCGAAAAAGUGGAUCUUGCUAGGUCGGGCAUCAAAAUAUUGACACUUGAACUGGAUGAGGAGGAUGACAUGAUAAAUUUGGAUUGCGGGUCUUCGCUUAAUGAUGUCGCCCUAUGUGGUUCUGGUUGGAGACGUGGAGAGGUCAAAACACUUUUGGAAAAGCUCCGUAACGUUGCAAAUUUUACUCUGGGCAAUUGGAUUAUACAGGACUUCAGCACAUGGAAGCUGAAGAAUGAACCACGUCCAUCUUUCAACUGGAAGUCUGUGACAAUGACACUUAAUUUGGCAGAGUGUCACCUCUCUGGGAUUUCUUAUCUACUAGAGACUUGCAAUUUUCUAGAAACACUUACCAUAUAUGUUUAUCCGUCAAAUCCUGAGGAUAUUCAGGGAAAUAUGUGGGAUCGAGCAUGUAAUUCUGGUGGGAGUAGCUAUUGGCAUUCAGUUGAGGGCACAUUUCAUUGUCUUGCACACCACCUCAAGAACGUAAUGAUAUAUGCACGCGUGACUGAACCAUACGUGAUCGAGCUAAUCGAGUUUCUACUUGGGAAUGCACUGGUUUUGGAGAGAAUGGUGAUCUCUAGUAGAAAGAUUUCUGGAGAAACUCGAAAAGAGAUAUUUUAUUCGAAAGACAUAUUCCUGGACAAGGCCCCUACCUCGGAUAUGCUUCUGGAUUUUUCGAAAAAGGUUCUCAGUUUACCGAGAAUAUCUCCCCAUGCAGUAAUACACAUGACAGUGGGUUGAUAUUGUUUUCUCAAACAUAGAAGUACUGCUUUAUUUCAUUUCUGCAGUUUCUAUUAUGCUAACAAGUCAUGUCUAUAUCCUCGGUUAACAUUUUCUCUUCGCUGGCUUUCCUUUUUUGGUCUUAAAUCGAUGGAUUCAAUAGUGUGUCAUUGGAAACACAACUUUACGAUUCUUGUUAUCAUUUUGGUUGGCUUCUUCACCAAGCCACUAUUACUUUUA